UCCCGGCGUGAGGCUGCGCUGCUCCCGCUGCACCGCAGAGAGGAAAAUACCACCAGAUGGCGGUUUAGGAUUGCUGCUCUUCUCUACGAGGCAACCUUCCGCUCGCACGGGCCAAUUUUGCCAAUAUAAAAUAACGCCAAAUAAUAAAAAGGGGAUCGAUUCGUCGCUGCGGGAAGUGACGCUCGACCCGGGGAUGGUCGUUAAUGAAACAGAAGGCAGUUAAGAGCCAAAGUGCAGUCCGUCCUGGAGCCUUUGUACGUGCUCCCGCUCCUCCAACACUCCCCCCCCAUCCGAGCCUCGGCGUGACUUUAAGACCUGAGACACGCAAAACAUUCGGACACCUCCCCACCACCACCCGAAGCCACCAAGAUGAUAACCUCAGAGCUUUCCGUGCUCCAGGACUCGUCCAAUGAGUCGGGGGCCACAGAUGCAGUGGGCCUCAGCAUGAGCCUGGCAGAAAUGGAGGACCCCGAGGUCAAGGGCAAGAAGAAGCGAGGGAGGCCUGGUAAACAAGCACAGACGGUCAAUAAAAAGCCCCGCAAGACGCCAGCAGACAAGGGUGUGGGCGUGGCAAGGGGGCGAGGCAAAGCCAACGGCAUAGCACAACACAAUGGCGACGGCUCAGAACCCAUCACUCUGUUUGAAGUGGUCAGGCUUGGAAAGAGCGCUAUGCAGUCCGUGGUGGACGAGUGGAUCGAGUCAUACAAACAGGACAGAGACUUGGCCCUGCUGGACCUCAUCAACUUUUUCAUCCAGUGCGCCGGGUGCAAAGGCACGGUCAGGAUUGAGAUGUUCCGGAACAUGCAGAAUGCUGAGAUCAUUCGCAAGAUGACAGAGGAGUUUGAUGAGGACAGCGGCGACUACCCUCUUACCAUGCCGGGGCCCUUGUGGAAGAAGUUCCGCUACAACUUCUGCGAGUUCAUCUGCGUGCUGAUCCGCCAGUGUCAGUACAGCAUCAUCUACGACGAGUACAUGAUGGACACCGUCAUAUCGCUCCUCACCGGGCUGUCCGACUCCCAGGUCCGAGCCUUCAGACACACGUCCACGCUGGCCGCCAUGAAGCUCAUGACGGCACUGGUGAACGUGGCGCUGAACCUCAGCAUCCACCAGGACAACACGCAGCGGCAGUACGAGGCAGAGAGGAACAAGAUCGCUGGCAAGCGGGCCAACGAAAAGCUGGAGCUGCUGCUGCAGAAAAGGAAGGAGCUUCAAGAAAACCAGGAUGAGAUUGAGAACAUGAUGAACUCCAUCUUCAAGGGCAUCUUUGUGCAUCGCUACAGAGAUGCUAUUGCUGAGAUCAGAGCCAUCUGCAUCGAGGAGAUCGGCGUGUGGAUGAAGAUGUACAGUGAUGCCUUCCUCAAUGACAGCUACCUGAAAUAUGUCGGCUGGACACUGCACGACCGGCAAGGCGAGGUGCGUCUUAAGUGCCUGAAAGCUCUGCAGAACCUGUACACCAACCGUGACUUGUUUCCCAAGCUCGAGCUCUUCACCAACCGCUUCAAGGACCGUAUUGUAUCAAUGACACUGGACAAGGAAUAUGACGUGGCUGUCGAGGCCAUCCGACUGGUCACUCUCAUCCUGCAGGGCAGCGAGGACGCACUGUCCAAUGAAGACUGCGAGAACGUCUACCACCUGGUCUACUCUGCCCACAGGCCUGUGGCUGUGGCCGCUGGCGAGUUCCUGCACCGGAAGCUAUUCAGUCGUCAUGACCCGCAGGCGGAAGAGGCGCUGGCCAAGCGCAGAGGCCGGAGCAGCCCCAAUGGGAAUCUCAUACGCAUGCUGGUGCUCUUCUUUCUGGAGAGUGAGCUUCACGAGCAUGCAGCCUACCUGGUGGACUCCUUGUGGGAAAGCUCUCAGGAGCUGUUGAAAGACUGGGAGUGUAUGACCGAGCUGCUGCUGGAGGAGCCCGUGCAGGGGGAGGAGUUGCUGUCGGACAGACAGGAGAGCGCGCUAAUAGAGCUGACUGUGUGCACCAUUCGACAGGCGGCAGAGGCCCAUCCGCCCGUGGGCAGAGGCACUGGCAAACGGGUGCUGACAGCCAAGGAGAGGAAGACCCAAAUAGACGAUAAGAACAAACUGACAGAGCACUUCAUCAUGGCUCUGCCCAUGCUGUUGUCCAAGUAUCAAGCAGACUCUGAGAAAGUGGCCAACCUGCUGCAGAUCCCGCAGUUCUUCGACCUGGACGUGUACAGCGCGGGGCGCAUGGAGAAGCACCUAGACGCGCUGCUCAAGCAGAUCCGGCUCGUGGUGGAGAAGCACAUUGAGACGGACGUGCUGGAGGCGUGCAGCAAGACCUACAGCGUCCUCUGCUCGGAGGAGUACACCAUCAUGAACCGCGUGGACAUCGCCCGCUCGCAGCUCAUCGACGAGAUGACCGACCGCUUCUCGCACUCCGUAGAGGAGCUGCUGCAGGAGGCCGAGGAGGCGGACGACGACGACAUCUACAACGUUUUAUCCACCCUCAAGAGACUCACGGCCUUCCACAACGCUCACGACCUGACACGCUGGGAUCUGUUCGGCAACUGCUACCGGCUACUGAAGGCGGGCAUUGAGCUGGGCUCCAUGCCGGAGCAGAUAGCCGUGCAGGCGCUGCAGUGCUCCCACUACUCCGUUCUCUGGCAGCUGGUCAAGAUCACAGAGGGGGCUCCCAGCAAGGAUGACUUGCUGGCCCUCAGGAGAGUAGUGAAGUCUUUCCUUGCCGUCUGCCAGCAGUGCCUAUCCAACGUCAACACGCCCGUCAAGGAGCAGGCCUUUAUGCUCCUCUGCGACCUGCUAAUGAUCUUCAGCCACCAGCUGACGACCGGUGGCCGCGAGGGCCUCCAGCCGCUGGUCUUCAACCCGGACGGCACGCUGCAGAACGAGCUUCUCAACUUCGUCCUGGACCACGUCUUCAUCGACCAGGAUGACGAGAGCCAGAGCAUGGAGGGGGACGAGGAAGAUGAGGCCAACAAGAUCGAGGCCCUGCACAAGAGAAGGAACCUGCUGGCAGCUUUCUGCAAACUCAUCAUCUAUGACAUCGUCGACAUGCCAGCGGCUGCCGACAUCUUCAAACACUACAUGAAGUAUUAUAACGACUACGGCGACAUCAUCAAGGAGACCCUGAGUAAAACGAGACAGACUGACAAGAUCCUCUGUGCCAAGACCCUCAUCCUCAGUCUGCAGCAGCUCUUCAACGAGUUGCUGCAGGAUCAGGGCCCCAACUUGGACCGGACGUCGUCGCACGUGAGCGGCAUCAAGGAGCUAGCCCGACGAUUCGCCCUCACCUUCGGCCUGGAUCAGAUCAAGACCAGAGAGGCGGUCGCCACGUUGCACAAAGAUGGAAUCGAGUUUGCCUUCAAGUACCAGAAUCCUCGAGGACCUGAGUUUCCUCCCAUCAACUUGGCCUUCCUGGAGGUCUUGAGCGAGUUCUCCUCCAAGCUCAUCCGCCAAGACAAGAAGACAGUGCACUCGUACCUGGAGAAGUUCAUGUCGGAGUCCAUGUCAGAGCGGCGGGAGGAUGUGUGGCUGCCGCUGAUCUCGUACAGGAACAGCCUGCUGACGGGCGGCGACGAGGACCACAUGUCGGUCACGUCGGGCUCCAGCAGCAAGACGGGCUCGGUCCGCAGCAAGAAGGGACGGCCGCCGCUCCACAAGAAACGCAUCGAGGAGGAGAGCAGCGUGGAGGGCUCGUGGCUGAUGCGCAACGACACCCUGCAGACACCCGGCGCGCUGCAAACCCCUCAGCUUACCUCCACCGUCCUCCGAGAGAACAGACCCGCGGAACACAUGCCCGACCCUGACUCGGAACCCGGGUCGGAAAACGACUUCGUACACAACCCUCAGAUGCAGAUGUCGUGGCUCGGCCAGCAGAAGAUGGAGGAGGUGACCAGGAAGGACCGGGCGGCCAUGAACUACAUCAAGUCACGCAGCAAUCAGGGUGUCCGACAGACUGUGCGCGGGUUGAUGGAGGAUGACGCCGAGCCCAUCUUCGAGGACGUGAUGAUGUCGUCGCGAGGCCAGCUGGAGGACAUGAACGAGGAGUUUGAAGACACCAUGGUUAUCGACCUGCCUCCAUCGAGGAACAGACGGGAGAGGGCGGAACUAAGACCGGACUUCUUUGACUCCGCAGCCAUGAUUGAGGACGAGUCGGGGUUCAGCAUGCCCAUGUUCUGAUGACAAUGGUUUAAAAAACAAAACAAAAAAACAAAAAAUGGCGGCUCCUAAUCAGGACGUAAACAGCGGUGGUGGGGGUCGAUCCACGUGAGCUGUCAAUCGGUCUUUUACGAAGAAGGUAUUGUACAAGUACUUCACCUCUGGACACCUGAUCCACCUCUUCUUCCUUGCCCGGACAGUCUGAAAAAGCGUUCCCCAGGUGUUCCACUCUGUACAGCCCCGUUCCCUUCCUUCACGUCCCCUGUGUCGCACUUUGGUCCAUCCAGUUCAAUUCAAAGAGUGGACGUCAACUCUACAUGUUCUAUAUCUGUGCUCUUAUCACUCGUCCCCUCCGCCAUCCUGUUCCCAUCUCGGAGUUAACUCUGCACACAAGUAACUUUUUCUAAAGUAAAAACAACAAAAAGACAUUUUGAAUUCUGUAGCUUUAGUACUAAAAGUUUUAAAAACAAGUGUUUGUUUGUACAGCGUUUUCUUCUCGAAUGUGUAUUCUCGUUUGUUGCCAAAUGGUGGCCUACAUACUAAACAUUCUCUUCCAGAUCUUCUUCCCCGUCUCACCUUUUUUUCCUCCCCCCCCUCCGCCCCCCGUCACUGCUUCAGUAUUUGCUGUCGCUUCGUCACCGUAGCGGACAGUGUUGACCUGUGUCGGUGCGUCACGUAUGUUGUUUGAAUGCGUCUUCGGGUUUUGCUUGUAUAAAUAUCACAACGGUCCACGGAGGCCAAAGGUACUCCAAAAAGACGAGUUUUUUGUUUGUUUGUCGACCUUCAAUUCUUUUUAAGAAAAUAAAAUGUAUAAUCAAUUCAGUUGUUUUGAUUUUGCACACAAAACAAAUUGUUUUCUUGAAAGCGCCCAUUUUUAAACUACAUAUAUCACAAACAACUACUUGUCAUAGCUGACAUUGAGCA